UUUCGCAGCAAACAGUCAAUAUGCAUUGUAUUAUUAUUCUAGCAAUGUCGUGUGCUAUAGCUGUAAAUGCUCAGCCUUUAGGCAUUGGCGGUAUGGGUCUAGGUCUAGAUGGAAUGGGGAUAGGCCUCGGUGGUAUGGGUACCGGACUAGGCGAGUUGGGCCUAGGCGGAAUGGAAACCGGUUUAGGUACUGGACUAGGAAUGAGUGGUAUGGAAGGCGGUCUUGGCAUGGGUUUGGGAGGAAUGGGCGGUGGAUAUACUAACGGUGCUGGCUACGGUGGACAGCAGUAUGGCGGUGGAACCAGUGGAAUUGGAAACCAAGGAUACCAAACAGCCGGCGUUAAUAAUGUACAUAAUAUAGGCAGUCAUAAUAAUAGGGUAUUAUCUGUAAACCAAGUGGAUAACAGUGGAUUCCACAAUAUAGGAGGUGGGUCUGCCGUGAACAACGGUGGUUAUGGCGGCAACGGUUACAACGGAUAUCAAAAUGGCGUCUCACAAUUUGGCAAUGGCUUCGGUUCAGGUUCACAAGGAACGAUAAUAUAA